UAUGUCCACCUUGGAAAAACAUAACCUUAAUGUCUGAAAGUGAUCCUAUAAAUACUACAUGAGAGCUUGGUGGUCACCUCUCCCCGUCUGUGAUCGUAUAUCAAUUCUGUAAACAAAAAACAAAGGCAUAAAUUUUAGGCAAUUUUACAGGUUUAUUUUGCAAGUGUUAGCUUGGAAAGGAGAGGAUUAAAAUGUUGGCAAUUUUUCACAAAGCUUUUGCUCACCCACCUGAGGAGCUUAAUAGUCCAGCAUCUCAAAAUGGUACUAAGAAGCCUAAGCUUCCUGAGGAAACACUAAAUGAUUUCCUUUCUCACCACCCUCAGAAAACUUUCUCCAUGAACUUUGGUCAAGCUGCUGUGCUUGCCUAUGCUCCCCAAGACAACCCUUUCUCUCCUCAACAAAAGCUGUUUUGUGGUUUUGAUGGUAUAUACUGCCUUUUCUCUGGAAGCUUGAACAACUUAUGCACACUCAAUAGGCAGUAUGGAUUGACAAAGGGGACUAAUGAGGCCAUGUUUGUGAUAGAAGCUUAUAAGACUCUUCGUGAUCGAGGUCCUUAUCCAGCUGAUCAAGUUGUUAAGGAUCUUGAUGGGAGCUUUGCUUUCGUUAUCUACGAUAGCACGGCUGGAAGUGUUUUUGCUGCACUGGGCUCUGAUGGUGGAGUUAAGCUGUACUGGGGUAUUGCAGCAGAUGGCUCUGUGGUGAUAUCUGAUGAUUUGGAAGUCAUAAAAGAAAGCUGUGUCAAAUCGUUUGCUCCCUUCCCAACAGGAUUCAUGUUCCAUAGUGAAGGAGGCUUGAUGAGCUUUGAGCAUCCAAUGAACAAAGUUAGAGCAAUGCCAAGGACCGACAGUGAAGGAUUUCUCUGUGGGGCAAAUUUCAAGGUUGAUGUCUACACAAGGAUCAACAGCUUACCCCGUAGAGGAAGUGAAGCUAAUUGGACCGAGUGGCAAUCACACAGCUAAGAAUUUGUUGUGCUUCAAUUCAUAACCGGAUCAAAAAAUGUUAGCAUCAGCUACCAUCUUACAAAUUGUUCUCUAUUCUUAACGUUUUCUCAGCUUUGUUUUGUUCUCGUUUCUAUUUUUGUUUAUUUUACUCUGUUUUCUUUUCA